AUGCGGCCUACAAUGCAGUCAGUCAAUUCUUAUGACACCCUACACGUUGCCGUCUUUAGACCCAGGUUUGGGUCCGGGUAUGGAGACGCUCUCUAUCCUCUUUCCAGCUACACCAGGAUGCGAAGCAACAUGUCCGAAACCUCUUCUGAGCCCCUUGAAGGCAUCAAUCAGACGGGAUUUGCGGUAGCUGAUGGCAAGUCUAUGGUAGCUGUUCAGAUUAAGAAUGGUCAAUUUUGGGUGGACUUUACUGGUGAGGAUCGACUGACGUGUGCAGGGAUGUAUAAGCGGCAAGAUUGGUCAUGA